CAGCUGUUACUAACGUACUAUACGCUAAACAGACAGCGUACAACAUUACAAACGUAAUUACAUAGAUGGUGUUGGCUAAAGUGUUGAUACAGAAACUGAACUAAGUCCGUUCCUGAUUCGACAAUAAAUCCACAAACCUUAUUGCGGAAAAUGAAGAAAUCUGUUGAUCGAUUUAACGUAUGAAUAUCUCAAACGUAAAUGAACUCUUCUCAAAGUCAGCUUGAAAAGGCGAUUCCCUGACGAUUAAUUGAUUUAUGAAACGACAGUGGACAAGAUCGCCAGGAAUGUAGAGGACAUGAACUCCACCAUUCUCCUCAACUAUAUCGGUGACAUUCCCAGGAUGUCGGCUGGUAUGAUGUGUCCAAUUGUUAAGACAGAUUACAGAUGUCAAGCAAACAGAACUCGUUGGUCACGAGUUGGGGAUCAAGCUGUAAAGACAGGGAUACAUCCACCAAUAUUAUCCCAUACAUCCAUCGCGACAUCUACAUUAUCACCAGUUACCGCCUCUGAAUUCCAGUUGUAUAAUCAACAACCGACACGACAAAUCACAAAUUUUAACAAAAAAAACAAAAUACUGUCAAAAGAAAUCACAGUUUCAGAUAAAUGUUGGAAACGUUCGACGGGAUCAGUUGAACUUCAUUUCAACCAUAAACAAACACAUUUUUCAUCAGACAAUAACGAUUUCACAAACUUUGAGACUCCUAACCUUGGAAAAAUUUCUAAAUCUUUCAAAGUUAAAAAAACGCCAUUAUCUUCACUAGAAACUUUGACCGAUUCAACAUUAUAUACAUCACAACAGACUCAAACAAGUGUUAUAAAAUAUCAAGCUAAACAUAAGAAACCAGUUACAACGAGCAAGCGAGCAUGUUUGCUGCCGGCAACUUCCAACCAUGCAAAAAGGCCAAAACGAUGCGAGAAACAAAAAGUGUGCACAAACUAUGGAAAUGAUGAAAUGGAUGUAGCUAGAAUCAUGAUAAGUGAUAUACCGUUUCCUGUUGUCAGUUGCAACUCGACCGUAAUCAUGUAUCAUAACGCUUUAUUGGAUAGUCGAACAACAUCAACGAGUAAGUUCAGUGGCGAAAUAACAACAAAAAGACGAGGGAAAGUAACAGAUCAAAGCAGUGGUGAAACAACCAUGAAAAGAACAGGGACACUAGCAGAUCAAAGCAAUAGUGAAAUAACCAUUAAAAGAACAGGGACACUAGCAGAUCAAAGCAAUAGUGAAAUAACUAUUAAAAGAACAGGGACACUAGCAGAUCAAAGCAAUGGUGAAAUAACCAUUAAAAGAACAGGGACACUAGCAGAUCAAAGCAAUGGUGAAAUAACCAUUAAAAGAACAGAGACACUGGCAGAUCAAAGCAAUAGUGAAAUAACCAUUAAAAGAACAGGGACACUAGCAGAUCAAAGCAAUAGUAAAAUAACCAUUAAAAGAACAGGGACACUAGCAGAUCAAAGCAAUAGUGAAAUAACCAUUAAAAGAACAGGGACACUAGCAGAUCUAAGCAGUGGUGAAAUAACCAUGGAGAGAAGUGAGACACUAGCAGAUCAAAGCAGUGGUGAAAUAACCAUGAAGAGAAGAGACACUAGCAGAUCAAAGCAGUGGUGAAAUAACCAUGAAGAGAAGUGAGACACUAGCAGAUCAAAGCAGUUGUGAAAUAACCAUGAAGAGAAGUGAGACAUUAGCAGAUCAAAGCAAUGGUGAUAUAACCAUGAAGAGAAGUGAGACACUAGCAGAUCAAAGCAGUGGUGAAAUAACCAUGAAGAGAAGAGAGACACUAGCAGAUCAAAGCAGUGGUGAAAUAACCAUGAAGAGAAGUGAGACACUAGCAGAUCAAAGCAGUGGUGAAAUAACCAUGAAGAGAAGAGACACUAGCAGAUCAAAGCAGUUGUGAAAUAACCAUGAAGAGAAGUGAGACAUUAGCAGAUCAAAGCAAUGGUGAUAUAACCAUGAAGAGAAGAAGGACACUAGCAGAUCAAAGCAGUGGUGAAACAACCAUGAAGAGAAGAGGGACACUAGCAGAUCAAAGCAGUGGUGAAAUAACCAUGAAGAGAAGAGAGACACUAGCAGAUCAAAGCAGUGGUGAAAUAACCAUGAAGAGAAGAGAGACACUAGCAGAUCAAAGCAGUUGUGAAAUAACCAUGAAGAGAAGUGAGACAUUAGCAGAUCAAAGCAGUUGUGAAAUAACCAUGAAGAGAAGUGAGACAUUAGCAGAUCAAAGCAAUGGUGAUAUAACCAUGAAGAGAAGUGAGACACUAGCAGAUCAAAGCAGUGGUGAAAUAACCAUGAAGAGAAGAGAGACACUAGCAGAUCAAAGCAGUGGUGAAAUAACCAUGA